AUGGCCGGAACCAAAAAACGCAAGUACGCCGACUGCUCGGACGACGAAAGCCCCGUGAAGUCCAAUUCAGAUACAGGGAAUGGCUUCGGAGUAGCGCAAACCCUUGCGACACUUCAACGGUCGACAUCCGAGUCGAACGGCAACCACACGAAUGCUGCUACAUCCGACACCGCGGUCGAUCAACCGCAAAGUGCGGCUCAGCGACCGUCCAAGAAAAAGCGGGUGGAUGGGGUCAAGACCAAGUAUCCUGUUCUCACCUACGUCGAAGGGCGAUUACAAUCUUCGAUCCGAAUCGCCGAUCUACAAAGCCUGCUUCUUUACUGUUUCGCGGACGGCAUUGCACCACAAUGGAUCUCCAUCAAGCACUCGGGCUAUGUUCGAAAGAUUGUGGUAGUCAUGGUACCUGGUCUGGAACUUGGUAUGCUCGACGGAUCUAUACCUUUGAAACCCGAGGAGGCUAGCGAGGCGAUGGACGUGGAUCAGACAGAGCAGAAGGAUUCGGCAGAUACAGAAGCCGGUGAGAAACAGGAGGAGGACCCCAAGGCGGCGGAUUUUGCCCGGUGGAAGCAAGGCUUGCCUCUGGAGGAUCGGUCUCAUCGGUUCAAUCCCCGUCCUUUGACGCGCGAGGGUCUUCCAGAACCUUUACAGUCAUUGGCGGACAUGUUCCCUCAUGCUUGGCCGGUCAAGGCGCCUGGAGAUACCAAAUAUAACAAGGUCCACUCGCCUCUUCAAGCAAUGCUGCUCACUGCCCUUCCGAAGAACAAGGAGGGUAACAACGCCAAGGGUCCGAAACCACCCAAAGCGGAUAAGAACUACGUCUCUCAGCGAACCCCUAUCACCACAUUCAUUAGUUCCGUCGAGGAUCUGCGCGAAAAUGACUACGUUCUACAUCCGGCUCUUAUGGCCACCGAGCAGGAGAAGUUGACAUUGGAGGAGAACCGCAAGCGAGCCGGCCAAUCCACCGACGAUGGCUGGGUUGACACCCGUGUUGAGAGUCUAGAAGCUGGUCAAGUGCCAGACUCCGAGAUUCAACAGGGAAGCAUGACCGCUGGACGUGAGGUACUGGCGCUGGACUGCGAGAUGUGCAUCACCGAAGGUGGCCAGUCGGAACUCACGCGAAUCAGUUUGGUUCGUUGGGACGGCGAAAUUGUACUAGACGAACUCGUGAAGCCCCAAAAGCCUAUCAUCGAUUACCUCACGCGGUUCUCCGGCAUUACCAAGGAAAAGCUCGACCCCGUCACCAUUACCCUUGCCGACAUUCAGGCGAAGCUCCUCACUAUCCUCACCCCGCGAGCGAUCCUCGUCGGUCACUCCCUCAACUCCGAUAUGAACGCCCUCAAGAUGACUCACCCCUUCAUUGUCGACACCACCUUCAUCUACCCCCACCCCCGCGGCCCACCCCUCAAGUGCAGCCUGAAAUGGCUCAUGCAGAAGUACAUGGGCAAAGAGAUCCAAAAGGGCCAGACAGGCCAUGAUUCCGUUGAAGACGCGCGCGCCGUGCUCGAGCUCGUCAAGCAGAAGUGCGAAAAGGGCGAACGCUGGGGCACGGGCGAUAACUCCAACGAAAGCAUCUUCAAACGACUCGCCCGCUCCACGCGACCCGGCAAGCACGCGCCUUCAACCACUACCACUUCCCCCAACAACGGCACCGACACCACCCCCGAAGGCCGCACCGGCGCCGUCGUCGACUGGGGUAACCCGGAGCGAGGCUUCGGCGCACAAGCGACGGUCGCAAUCGGCUGCACCGACGACAACGACGUCGUCAAGGGCAUCUCGGUCGCAGUUAACGGCGACGCAGCCAACCCGAACAUCCCGGGCGGCGGCGUGGAUUUCACAUGGGCGCGCCUGCGCGAACUCGAGCUGCACCGCGGCUUCUGCAACCGCCUGCCCGACCCAAAUAACGCAAACGAAUCGACCGCGGUGGUGGUGCCCGCUCCCGAGGAAACGACCUCCGACACAGCUACUGCUACCACCGCGACAGCGUCGCUAUCGGACGUGGUCGCGCGCACAAUCUCCAACAUCCAGCGCAUCUAUGACGCGCUGCCGCCGUGUACGCUGUUCAUGGUCUACUCGGGCACCGGCGACCCGCGCGAAGUCUCCCGGCUCCAGGCGAUGCACAAACAGUUUCGCGAGGAGUAUAACUCCAAGAAGCCGUGGGAUGAGCUGAGCGUCAAGUGGACGGACACGGAGGAGCAGGCGCUCAAGAAGGCCUGUGAGCGGGCUCGCGAGGGCUGCGGGUUUAUGUGUGUGAAGUAA